GCUUUCACACCGGCCGACCGGUUGACUAGUACCAGAAGUGUUGAGAAACUCGCGAAGGUCUACCGUUGGUGGUUUGUUGUUGAUUUCCUCGCUUUUACUGUGGAACCGUGCAGUGUUUCGCCUGCAGAUAGUGCAUGGUGGCCCUAAGCAGUGGUGGUAGCUGAAAGACAAAUCUGCUGUUCCUGCGUAACACGUGUGAAACGUGGCUGCAAGGUUCAACUUUUUAGUUGAAACAACAGGCAACAUUGCGCUUGAUCCGGAAUCCUGGCAACCUGUUUUCCCGUGAAGUGAGUGCAGAACGUAGGUGUAGAUGUAUGCGUUUGUCUGAUAAGAGAAGAUCCUGUACGCACUCAUUAGCAACGAUCGUUUGACAGUAAGCAUUGUCGAAUUGUUCCCUACAGCUGUGUCUACCAGACGGAAGAGCGGACAACAUUCAUUCUCCAGUUGAAAGUGUAAAGUUGGCGCAGCAAUACUGUGCAAUAGGUGUCGGAAAGUGAAAAGGUGACAACAGCUCCGACUGCCGGCUGGUAAGGAUGAAGACCCAGAUCCAUACGAUCAGUGCCCCGAACGACGGCUCGUACGACAACGAAGCGCUCAGCUGCUCGACGAUCGACAUAUCGACGCACAACGGCGAACCGCACGGUGGUUUACGCGGUUCGAACGAGUUCAUUCUUUCCGAUACGGGGAAAAAGAUUACGAGCGAUGAUCAAACGGGACAGCUUAAUCUGUGGCUUCAGCGUAAGGCGAAAAGUGCGUUCUCCGAGAAGAUGAUAAAAAAACGGUUGCCCAUCCUGCGGUGGCUUCCACAGUACAACUCCACCGACGCGAUCGGGGAUUUAGUGGCGGGAAUAACCGUCGGCCUGACGGUAAUACCGCAGGCGCUGGCCUACGCCGGUAUUGCUGGGGUUCCCGCUGCGUACGGACUUUACGGUUCGUUCCUUGGCUGCAUCGUGUACAUUGUGUUCGGUAGCUGUAAGGAUGUGCCGAUGGGACCGACCGCCAUUGCCUCGCUGCUUACCUUCCAAACGGCCGGUGGGAACGUGGGUAAAGCCAUACUGCUCUGCUUCCUUUCGGGCGUGGUGGAACUUAUGAUGGGCAUUCUUGGGCUCGGAUUUUUGGUCGACUUUGUGUCCGGUCCGGUUUCGUCCGGCUUUACCUCGGCUGUUUCGUUGAUUAUCGUCACGUCCCAGGUGAAGGAUGUGCUCGGCAUUACGGCCAAAGGCACGACGUUUAUCGAAAUUUGGCGCAACAUUUUCAACGACAUCCAUAACGUGCAGGUCUGGGACACGUUCCUUGGGCUCACCUGCAUCGCGGUGCUGCUGAUCAUGCGCAUUAUAGCCGGCCUAAAAAUUGGACCAGCGGAUGACGAGCUAAAGUCCAAAAAUCAUCGGAUCAUUAACAAGAUAAUGUGGUUAGUUGGAACGUCCAGAAACGCGCUGCUCGUCGUGGUUUGCGGUGCCAUUGGGUAUACGUUCCAAUCGUCGGCGGUCGCACCGUUUAAGCUGAUCGGAGACAUCCCGCCCGGUUUGCCAUCGUUAAAGGCGCCUCCGUUUUCGCUUACCGGCAACGAAACCAUGAGCGGCCAGGAAGAAUCGUUCAUGGACAUGGUGUCCAGCCUUGGUUCGGGGCUGAUUGUCGUACCGCUGAUUGCGCUGAUGGAGAAUAUCGCGAUCUGUAAAGCGUUCUCGAACGGAAAGCCGGUAGAUGCGACACAGGAGCUGAUUGCCAUCGGUCUUGCUAAUAUAGCGAACUCGUUCGUACAAGGAUUCCCCGGAACGGGUUCGCUGAGUCGCAGUGCGGUCAACAAUGCCUCCGGUGUGCGUACACCGCUGGGCAACAUCUACACGAUGGCCCUGGUGGUCCUGUCAUUGCUCUUCUUCACGCCAUACUUUUCGUACAUUCCGAAGGCGUCGCUAGCAGCCGUUAUCAUUGCGGCAGUUGUAUUUAUGGUGGAGGUAAAGGUAGUCAAACCCAUGUGGAGAACCAAAAAGAGUGACCUAAUUCCCGGGCUGGGAACGUUCAUCGCAUGUCUGGCACUCCCGCUGGAGAUGGGCAUCCUGUUCGGGGUAGGACUCAACGUGGUGUUUAUUUUAUAUCAUGCUGCCCGACCAAAGAUUUCCGUUGAACGCCUAACGAGUCCUGGCGGUGCAGAAUAUUUGAUCAUUACCCCCGAUCGGUGUCUGAUCUUCCCAUCAGUCGACUACGUCCGCAAUCUGGUGACGAAGCAAUCUAUACGCCAGUCACUGCCGGUAGUAAUUGACUGUUCGCACGUGUACGGUGCCGACUACACUGCCGCUACCGUGAUCGAUAGCAUAACGCAAGAUUUUGCCCGACGCGAUCAGCCAUUGUUUUUCUACAACCUGAAACCGAGUGUGUGUGCAAUUUUCGAAGGAUUGUCACCGGCAGACUUCGUCGUGUACUAUCGUGAGGAACAUCUGGAUGAGCUGCUGAAGCAGCGUGCCUAUAAACCAAAGGAAGUGAUUAGCGUCUAAUGCCGUGCAUGGGAAAGACGGCGAGAUGAGAGGAGAACCAUUAUUGUCAACUCUUGCGAACAGUAUUAAGCAAAAUGAAACAAUAAGCAAGUGCCAGAUUACCAGACGAUCGCUGCGUUCGCCACCCAUACCCAAACAUUCCUAAACCACAUUCUAUAUGCAAUUCCGUUGGGAUAUUAAGAUACGGUUAGCUUGUGGGCCAACAAACCAAUUGCCUGAAGUUAAAAAGAAUUAUUACGAAAUGCUACGAAAGUUGCUCUUAAAUAUCCAACUCUGGAGAAUAUUCACUGAAUGCAUACAUUCUAUCAUGUAGGUAUUAAUUAAGUAAAAGGUAGGCAAACGUAAGUGGAUACAGAAAUAAUAAUUAUUUAAUUAAUAGUAUCACGGAAAUGUUCCAUGAGGUUAGAGUUUAGCUGUAUGGGCACACAUGUUUUAAUAUGGCCUUACAACAUUAAAACUAUUGGCGUCCAACGAAAGAACGUACUUUACCGAUGAUUAGAAGUACCCUG